AUGGGGCAUAAUGAUGCCGCCCCUUUGAAUCACCAGGAGAAGUGGCUGAAGGGCCUGAAGUACUGCACCAUACCUGAUAACUUGUCCAGUAUUUAUACCGACCCGAGAACGGUGCAAGCUGUUGCACGCUACUUGGAGGAGUUUGUCCCCUUUGCUACCAUCUACCCCGCAAGUAUUUGCUUCAUCAAAAAGGACCAGCACCGCGUGGUGUCUCUGAGUUUCCGGCUUCGCAUCACCCCGGUGGGAAGCAGCACUCCCAAAGAGAUGGAUGUUGGCUUCAUCAUACCGCAAAGCUUCCCGGUGGCGUUGCCCAAAUGUCGUGUGCGGCUUCGCAACCCCACUAGUACGCUAACGAAUAAAGGGACGCCGCAAGACAUUGCGGUACGUCUCGAGGAUCUGCCAUCACUGAAGACCGAGCGGUUUCCCUGCCCUCUAUUGGCCAUCCUGAAGGGUCUCAGUAAGGAGUUCCAGGAGAAUCUUGACAACUUCAUAAAGGAUGAAUCUCAUUCAGAGCAACUACAGCAACAGAGAAGUGGGAAUAAUGCUGGUAAUUACGCCGCUGCUAUACCUGCGGCCGAAACGCUUCCUCAUGUGAGGCCCUGUACUAGGGAUAUCUCACGUGAGAGAGAGGCGACACGUUCUGAGCCACUUUCAGUCGUCGAAGAACAGUGUUCUGCAUCAGUUCAACUGGCGGCUCGCCUCAUUGUUUCUUGGCAAGAGUGUUUUUCGACGACUUACCUCAACCUAAGAGAGGAUAGUAUGCCUCUACUUGGGAAACUGCAAGCAUGCCAUAGAGAAAUGCGGCGAAAAAAAAAUCUACUACAGCAACAACGAGAUAGAAUAAACCAGAUGUCUGCAAAAAUGAAAAAAAUACAGCACUCGGUAACAGCUUUCAAAGACGUUGAGAACUCUGCUGAGGUACAUUCGAAGUGCAUUGUUCCUGCGGAUGACCGACAGGCACAAGUAUUAGACCUUCUGGGAGAGAUCCAUGCCUGUGAUGACACUUUGGACAUCCUCGUAAGAUCCCUCACGGUUCAGCAGCUCUCUUGUAACGAGUUCAUUCAAUAUGUGUCUGAUAUUAGUCGAAAAAAGUUCCAUGCACUGUUUCUCUUACGUUGUGUGACCCACACAUCGGGUUGA